AUGUCAGAACAGGAUACAAAACCCUUAAUAAUCAAGAAACACGUGAAAAAGAGCGUUAAGCAGGAAGAUGAACAACCAAAGCUUAUAAAAUUGGAUGCAAGGAGUGCUAAGAUAGUUGUACAUGCAAGGGAGAAUAUGAAGAUGACACAGAAAGACCUGGCAGGUAAAAUUAACAAGCCUGUGGGUGUUGUGAGGGAUGCUGAGAAGGGUGUGGAGGUUGAGAGGAGUGUUGUUGAAAUGAUUGAGGGAGUUUUGGGCGUGAAAGUGCAGGGAGGUAAGUAA